AUGGACUACUCCUAUUUCUUCUCCUCCACCACCUCCUCCUCUUCUUCUACUUCACCAAUCUCCGACGGGCUGCAAGUGAAGAAACCGAAGCGCAAAUCGCCACAGCAGCAGAAAGACAACGACGGCAAUGGCAACGGGACGGGCGGCAGCACGAAGUACCUUGGAGUGCGGCGGCGGCCAUGGGGGCGAUACGCGGCGGAGAUACGCGACCCAGCGACCAAAGAGCGCCACUGGCUCGGCACUUUCGAUACCGCCGAGGAGGCCGCCGUCGCAUACGACCGCGCCGCCCGCACCCUCCGCGGGCCCCGCGCUCGCACCAACUUCGCCUAUCCCGACCUCCCACCUGGCUCCUCCCUCACCCCCUUCCUCUCUCCUGACCUCCAACAACAUAGCCUUCUCCUCCCCUUCUACAUGCCUGCCGCCACGCCGGAGUCUCCUCACCCUCCGAUCACCUUACCCCACCACCAAGCUCUUCGUGGCCAUGAAGCCAUGAUUUGUGGUGGAGUCGACCAACCGGAGGUCUGCUAUUCUUCUUCUUCUUCGUCGUCGUUAACUCCUCUUACACCGCCUCCGCCGCCAAUAUCUCCGCUGGUGCUGACGUCUUCAUCAGAGACGGACGCUCCGACGGUCGAAUGCUCCACCCCAGGGCCGACGGACGAGGUGGCGGCGGCGAUGUGGUGCGACGUGGGGGAGUUCUAUGCGUGCGGCUCAACGGUGGCGAGUGGUUCUAAUGGGAUAUACUUCGAGGAGGGUUACGUGCACAGCCCAUUGUUCGGGCCGAUGCCGACGGUGGACGACGCGGCGGCGUCGCCGGGGCUCUACGACGGGUUCCAGCUGGGGAGCUCCUUCUCUUACUUCUUUUGAGUUUGUGACCUUGCUUCUCUUCUUUGAGAGUGCGAGCGCCCGCAUGGACGUGGCGUGGGGUUGUGUGCGUUGGGGGGUUGGGUGUGAGAGCUAGUUUGCGUGGCGCUUCGGUUUG